AUGGCGGCGGCCUCUGUGGUGUCGGUGCUGCUGGUGGCGACUGAGAGGAACCAGUGGCAGCCAGUCCAGAGUCCACUGCUGCUGCUGCCGCUGCCGCUGCCGAGACAACGGUUGUUCGGGCACUUGGAUACUACUACGUUGGAGCAACUUGUCAUGCCUGCACUCGCGACCUCGGCAACCCAGACCGCGGCCGACCCUCCUGAGUGCCCAGAAAGGCCCCCGGGUGGCCUGGCGCCUCCCCGGCUCUUUCUGGAUGGAGGCUCCUCAGGAAGGUGCUGGCUGAACGCUUUGGCCUUCACCUUCCGGCCCCUGCUGACCACACCUCCCCUAGUGCAGAGGCUGCGUGAGGAGCAGGAAAUGCUGUACCAGUCGGGAGAGGCAGGACUCCUUGUGCAGGCGAACGCGCUGGGGAUCCAAGCCUCUAGGCCACUCCUGCUCAUCCCUUUCCUGGCUGUGGACCACACGGUCCUCCUUUCCAGCAGGGCACAGCUGGCUCCCUGGGAUCUCCGUCUGACUGCCAGGAUGGAGGUAGGGCGGGCAACCAAGACCUUUGUGCUGGAGCUUCGGUGUCUUGAAGAUGGGGGCUCAAGGCCUGACACCCUCUCAGGUGGCAGCGGUGGGAGUGAGAGUCAGGAGGAGGAAGAGGCUCAGGAGAGGAGCAGUAGCCCACCGCGGCCAGCAGUCUCAGCCCCGAGGGGGGCCGGUGCAACCGCUGAGGGAGCCCCACCAGAACAGCAGGAGUUGCAACCCCGACAGUUAGAACAGCAGCCAGAGCUGCAGCAGCAGCCACAGCAGGACCAGCUGCAACAGCUGCAGCCACGAGGCCAAGGGUCAGGACCUCAGCCAAACUCGCAGCAUCAAGGCGGGCAAGAGCAGCUGCCUCGACCACAGCCGGAAAAACCCCAAUCUGUGCGACAGGAGCCCCUGAAACCACAGCUGCAGCUGAUGCAGCAGCAGAAACAGUUACAGGAGCAGCACAUGCAGGAGCACCAGCUGUCACAGCAACAGCAGGAACAGCUCCAGCAGCAGCAAGGUGGGCAACAGCAGCUGCCUCAACAGCAGCAGGAACUACAGGAGAAUCCCCAAUCUGUGCAAUAUGAGCGGCGGAAACCACAGCCGCAGCGGCUGCAACAGCAGGAACAGUCGCAGGAGUGGCAAGUGCAGGAACAGCAGCUGCCACAGCAACCGCGGGAACAGUUACAGUCACAGCAGCUGCCACCACCACAGCAGCAGUUGCAACAGCAGUUACAGCAGGAACAGUCACAGCUGCAGCAGCAGCUGCAGCAGCAACAGUUACAGCUGCAGCAGCAGGAACAGUUGCAGCAGCUGCAGCAGCAGCAGUUACAGCAGCAGCGGCUGUUGCAGCAGCAGCAAGAACAGUUACAGCAGCAGCUGUUGCAGCAGCAACAGUUACAGCUGCAGCAGCAACAGUUACAGCAGCAGCAGCAGCUUCAGCAGCAACAGUUACAGCUGCAGCAGCAACAGUUACAGCAGCAGCAGCAGCUUCAGCAGCAACAGUUACAGCUGCAGCAGCAGGAACAGUUGCAGCAGCUGCAGCAGCAACAGUUACAGCAGCAGCAGCUGCUGCAGCAGCAGCAAGAACAGUUGCAACAGCAGCAGCUGCAGCCCCGGCCGCUGGAGCCAGAGGAGGAGGAGGAAGAGGUGGAGCUGGAGCUCAUGCCGGUGGACUUGGGGUCGGAGCAGGAGCUGGAGCGGCAGCGGCAGGAGCUGGAGCGGCAGCAGGAACAGCGGCAGCUGCAGCUCAAACUGCAGGAGCAACUGCAGCAGCUGGAGAAGCAGCUGGAGCAGCAGCAGCAGCUGGAGGAGCAGCAGGAGGUGCAGCUGGAGCUGACCCCGUGCGGCAAGGGCUUCAGCCGCAGCACGGACCUCGUGCGGCACCAGGCCACGCACACGGGCGAGCGGCCCCACCGCUGCGGCGAGUGCGGCAAGAGCUUCUCGCAGCACUCGAAUCUGGUGACGCACCAGCGCAUCCACACGGGCGAGAAGCCCUACGCGUGCCCGUACUGCGCCAAGCGCUUCAGCGAGAGCUCGGCGCUCGUGCAGCACCAGCGCACGCACACGGGCGAGCGGCCCUACGCCUGCGGCGACUGCGGCAAGCGCUUCAGCGUCUCGUCCAACCUGCUGCGCCACCGCCGCACGCACUCGGGCGAGCGGCCUUAUGUGUGUGAGGACUGCGGCGAGCGCUUCCGCCACAAGGUGCAGAUCCGGCGCCACGAGCGCCAGCUGCACGGCGCCGGCCGCUCCCGGGGCCUGGGUCUGCUCCGCGGCUCGCGUGCAGCCGCCGGCGGGGCCCCGCGCGCCGAGCAGGCUGCGGACAAGGCGCCGUGA